GGAGCGUUCUGUCAUGGAGAGCGCGACGCGACGUGUCGUAAGUGUGCUCGAGUGUCGUCGUCGUCGUCGUGGUCGUUGUCGUAGCCGUCGCGUGUGCAGCGUUUCGGGUCGCGUCGCGGGAUUAUCACAGUGACAGUCGACAGAGACAGGCGUGCGCGAGGAUCGUGGUGCUCGUGGUGCUACUAUCGAUACAUCGUGAACUGUGGCAGCCGAAUAAUUACAUAGCAGCCACGUCCCUCUGGACCCGAGGCGGGUUCUCGAGAGACGGGAUCCGUGAUCUUCCAUUGAUCGAGCAACAGCACGCACGUGUGUUCGACGCUCGGUUCGUCAAACUAAUCGAUAGAUCGGUGAACGGUGCUGUGACACGUUAACUACGGUGGGCGCGAGUGUGUCUUUAAAUAGCUUGCUGUGAUUCGUUGUGUCCGCGUACGAUCCACGUGCUUUUUCGGAGCGGGCCACGGAGAAAAGAUUGUCAACAAGAAGCACGGACCGUUGGCGCAGCCGAGCGAAGGAAAACGAGGACAGAGAACAGUCACCUGCUGUCGGAUUCGGGACGAGCCUUUUCGCGAACGAAUUGAGUCGAUGUCGACAACGGUACGCGUGUGUUUCCUGCCCGCGUGCACAUAAACGCAUCGUAAACACGCGCGACUCGCUCUCGCGUAUUCGUUACGAAAUUCCGACCGGUCCUCGUUGUACGUUCUUCCUGUCGCAUAUGUAAACAAAAAGGGUGUCGGAACGCCGGGUGGAAGGUGUCUCGUUGAUAAUCGCGAUACGCGAUACUUUCGAUAAAUUGGAACGAUCCUUUCGCUCGCGGUAGCUGAACCUCGAUAGUCACGGUAUACGCGAGGAGGAACGAUUACUCGGAGCAGCGUGGUCCUCGCUCGGGACGGGAAUACGAAAUCCUGUUAACUCGAUCCGUUAACGUAACGGGCACGAAGACUGGCCGGCGGAGUCGUCGACGGCGCGUACGAACCGUACGAAAUCGCGCGUAAAUAAAAGUUGUUGUUCCUGGGAGAAACGAAGGGUACCGGUCGCGCGAACAAAACAGCGGAAGAAGAGGAAUCGGACACGCGGAGCGGGUUGCCGUGGCUCGUAACGGCGGACGAAGGGAGGGGGACAGGAGGCGUACGAUGCUGUCCGGUCGUCGCGGUUAAUUCGCACGUGUCGCGAUGUCGGGCGGCACGGCGGCCGUCCGUGGCACCGGCGCCGAGUGCAGGAAGUUCGCGCCGAACAUAUUCAACAAGAGCAAGUGCAGCAGCUGCUUCAAGCAGAAGGAGGAGCACAGCGCGGAGGCUCUGGAAUGCAACAGGGCCACGAGGAAGAUUUCAAAAUGCGGAUACCUGUUCGUCGCCCCCGGCUGGGACUUCUCGAAUCCGCUGAAUCGGACGAAGAGGUGGCAGAGAAGAUGGUUCGUCCUGUACGACGACGGGGAGCUAACGUACUCGGUGGACGAACACCCUGAGACGGUGCCACAAGCGAGGAUCGAUAUGACCCGCGUCCUGGAGGUCGCCGCCGCGGAGGACGUCACCGGGCAUCCUUACAGCCUCGCUGUGACCUCGCCCGAGGGCGUAACCUUCGUGAAGGGCACGUGCCGCGAGGAGACAAGAUGGUGGGCCGACGUGCUUCAGGUCUACUCGAGGAACAAGGGUCGACACAAGCGGAACGCGACGUUCCCCGGCGGACAGACGACCAUUCUUCAGGUCACCCCGACCAUCAGAAGCAACACCCCGAAUCCUCCGCGACCGCGUUUCAACAGCUGUCGCUCGGAGCCACGCAGCAGCGCGUGGAUCCCGGAGACCAGCGUCUCGAGCGACCUUUGCCCUUCCGUGUUCUCGUCGUCGCCGUCCCUGGUGACCAGCAGCGUGGUGACGACGUCCAGCAGCCCCGCGAUGAGCAACGGGAACGCAGAAACCAGCAACGUGUCGCCUCUGAGGAGCAGCACGCCCCUGGAGAACGGUAGCACCAGCUACCUGAGCCCCUCGACGUCCUCCAUGAACGGGAGCGUCGUCAGCACUGUUCACUCCACGGCCUCGACCAGCGUCUCGUCCACCACGAUGUCCACGUCCUCCUCUCUGACGGAGAAACCACCGAUCGUACCCAGCGAGGGCAGAUCCAGCUACAGGGAUCAGCCGGCCAGCAGCGCCUCGCCACCCACCAGGGACAAGCUGAGGGCCGAGGACAAGGCCAGACGCAGGAUGAAUCAGCACGGCGAACGGACCACCAUCGACACUGGGCCUGCCUGUCCCAGCGAGAAACUGGACGACGACGCCUGUCGAAGAAUCCUGCUGGAGCACGAGAGGGAGAGGGAGGGCAAGCUGCGGGACAUCGCGGCCUCCUUGACCCAGCCUCGUGCUCGAAGGAUCAAACCAAGGACCUCCGAACCCACCAGAGACGUCGUCGACGCUGUAAACGCCGCGUAUCAGGACAAGCUCAUCAGAGGAGACCCCGACGGAUGCGGGCUGGACAUUUCCGGCAUCCGGUACUCCCCCACUUCCGAGUUGAGGGUCGAUCUGCCCGCGGAGGAUUUGCUGAACAUCAAGAAGGGCUGGCUGAUGAAGCAGGGUCUCAACAAGGAAUGGAACAAGCACUGGUUCGUACUAAGAGGCUGCGGCCUCAUGUACUACAGAGAUCCCUGCGCGGAAGAUAAGGGUAUCAUGGACGGCGUCAUAGAUCUGAAUACCGUUACUGCCGUCACGCCCCUUCAAGUCGCAAGAAAUUAUGGAUUCCAGACUGUGGCCUGGGACGACCGGGGAUCCACCGUACUGUCCGCGGUCACCGCUGGCAUCAGGGCCUGUUGGAUGUCCGCCAUCAGGAGGGCCGCCAAUCUUCCCGAUCCCGACAGCAACGCCGACGCCCUCGCCGUCUGCCAGGACACACAGCAGGACAACACCCCACAGUCGCCUACCGCGUCGAUCACAGAUCGCGAGAGGGAUUCCGUGGUACCCUCGACGUCCGUGACUCCGCGAUCGGUCCUGUUCUCCUCCGACGAGGAGUACAGAACAGCGUCGGAGGGUGGAAGACGGGAGUCUGGCGAUUGGUCGGAAGUCCCAGUCUCGCCACCGUUGGUGAGGAACGGCGACUGGUCCAGCGCGCUGAAAGGUUCCAGCUGGUCCGACUCGGCCACCCACGAGUGGUCCGAGCUACCACCGUCGCCACCGUUGACCAGAACCGCGUUGUCGAGGGUGAAGGCGCGCUCGAGGUCGAGUUCCAGGUCCAGGGUGUACAAGAGAAGUCGCAGCUCGCCGCCCAGCUCGAGAAGGAGCACCCUGGACAGCGUGAGGUCCGAGGAUCUCAUGAUGGCCUGCUGUGAGCUAGGCGAGGACGAGGAGCAGUCCAACGGUCAUCUGCAGAGCAACAGCUGUCUGUCGAGCGCCAACGACAGCCCGUUGAUCGUCGAACUGUUGGAGAACCAGGUGUCCCUGUUGCGCGACCAGCUGGACCAGAAUCAGUCCCAUCCGAGUACGCUACUAGUCAUUAUCGAGCGUCAGGAGAACGAGAUCGAGAGCUUGAAGUCACAGUUGAACGCAGCGCGGGCGGACGUCGCGAACGCCGAGAAGGAGCUGUCCAGACUGAGGCAGCAGAAGGCCGAGGCUUCCAUCAGAGAGAAGCAGGUGGAAGAGCUGCUAGGCACCAUCCAGAGGACGGAGCAACAGAGAGACAAGGACCUGGACGAUCUGGAGAAGAUGAAGAAGAUGUACGCGAGGGACAAGGAAAUGCUCGAGUGCAAGCUCUUGGAGAUGGAGGCGAUCCUCAGGGAGACCAGCGAGAGGUGCGAGAUGCUGACCAAGGAGCUCGCCUCGAGUCACAGGACCGUCGAACACCUGCAGACGGAGAUAGCUUCCUUGAGCGACAGACUAUCGCAAGGAAUCGAAGAAAACGAGCGUUUGUACGGGAAGGUUAGAGAUCUGGAAGAGAAGGGUGGACUGUCCGCCUCGAGGGAGCGUGGGAGGAGCUUUGACUCGCUCAGCGACUUGACGAACAUCGAACUAGACCUGGACUUGACUUCUCUCGAUAAAGAAAGAAUCAUGGAGGAGUACGACGAGCUACGAAGUCGGUUCGAGAAGGCAAUCCUAGAGAUCCGCGCAAUGCGGAAGGAGCUUCGCGAGGCUCACGCGAUGCAGGACGCGCUGGAGCUGGAGAUGUUCGCGCACAAGCAAGACGCGGUUAACGUGAACGAGACCAACCAGGCCCAGGUCCAGCUGAUGGCGGCGAGGAUCCAAGACCUGACGAACAAGUUGGCGACCAGCGAGAAGCAGGUCAAGACGCUGAAGCAGAAGCUGACGAAGGCGGAGACCAGAGACAAGAGGCGAUCGCUGUCGCUGAAAGGUCGCGAGUCCUUCCAGAUCUCCCAGGAGAUGGAGGACAAGUUGCUGGACCUGGAGAACAAGAUCUGCGCGAUAGAACGCGGCAAGAGCAUCACCGCGGUGGUCUCGUCCGGCAUCGGUUCGAAGGAAUCAAGUCCCAAUCCAAAGAAAGAGAAGAGGAGGGAGAGCAAGAAUCUGGACCGCGCCAGACUGCGUAGGAAGUCGCUGGACAGCGCGACGAGCUCCGAGCCGAUGAAGGUGCUGAUCAGACUGAGCACGCUGGAGACUAAGGUCGCGAACGUUACCGAGAACAUGGCCAGCGACGCGGAGAAGGACUCCAGCGAGUGCAGCGAGGUCAGCGUGUCCUCCACCAGCGAGGUGUCGCUGGAGAUCAUCGCCAGGUUGAGGAAACUGGAGAGAGUGGUCUCGAAGUCAAAGAGGAGGCUGGAGAAGUGUCUGGGGUCCACCCAGGCGGAGGACAAGGCGGAGAAGUGUUUGCGCGAGGUGAACGACAUCCUGGACUCGUGUUUAGAAUGUAAGAAAAGCCAAGCUAGCGCUCAAGCGACCGAGUCAGUAGGAGUAGUGGUAUCUAGACUAGAAACUAUACUUAAGGAUAAGCUGAGCGAGCUCGCGGCGAGACGGCAGACCCUAGCGCAGAACAAUCAGUUGGACGAUAGGGAGAAGACGAAGCUGAUCGCCGAGAGGGUGGCGUUCGAGUUCGUCGUUCUGAGGCAGAUCAAGUGCGCGAUCGGCCGGUCGUUCGACAGGAGCGCCGUUCUGAGUGAAUUGGUCGAAACUAGUCAGCUUGCCUCAAGCCUAAUGCGUAAGAUUCACGGAACCAAGCCCAAAACGUACCAAAACACGAGUUACAUUCAGUAUCUUACUAAAGUGUUAGCGAAUAAGUUAGUGCUGGUAGGCGGUAUACCGGCGACGGAGACGACGACGAAGGAGGUGGCCGCCGCGCGGGCCGAGAGCCUGAAUUUUCUGCUGCAGAAGCAGCGGGAGGUGAACGAGGUGAUGCGACGAUACAAGGAGACGAAGCUCAGGCAGCUCGCGGAGGCACUGGCCGCGGAGACGCUUAGCAUGUCCGACCAGGAGGACCUCGGGAAGCAGGUGCAAGGCUCGAGCAAAAAGCUGCUGGAGGAUCGACACAUCCGCGAGGCGUGGGCGUUGGCCCAGGAGACAGUCAGCAAGGAGCUCGUGCAGGCCGAGGUGUCUCACGUCAUCAUGCGUUGCGGUCAGAUGUACGAGCAGAACGUCACGAGUAUCACCGACGCUUGCCUCAAUUUCGAGGGCACGGAAAGCGUGACGCUGGAGUCCUGGAUCGACGGAACGCAGACGAGGCUGCGUCAGGAGAUGGAGCUCUCCACCCGCGAGCUGUCCGACGCGUACGAGGAGUGCCUUCGUCUGAUGAAGAAGAACAAAACGUCGAUAGAGGCCAAGUACGAGUCCAGGCAGCUUCUGACGGAUUACGCGGACGUGGUCGCGCACAAAGCUUUAAUCGAUGCCAGGAUCGGCCUUCUUCAGGAGAACAACAGACAGUUGGCUGCCUUCCCUGGUGAGACGUUCGUAUCUAGUCUUAUCCGAAAUGACGACCUUCUAUCGUGCCUGUUGGGGGAUGAGCACGAGUUCCAAAGCGAUCCGAUCCUCGACGCGGAGUACAGUUACCUUUACCAGCAGUUCGGCAAGGAGUGCGAGGAGAGGAUAUCCGGAAAGCAGGGCUCGAAGGAGCAACUGAAGAGCGUCAGCCAGAGUCUACUCUGUCUGGAGGAGGACCUCACCGAGCUGGGGAAACGUUUGAGGGAGAAGGACGCCGUCGAGGGCGUCGUCUGGUCCAAGUCGGCGACUUCCGCGACCGACUGGUCGACCGUCUGCGAGAAAUGCUCUCAGCUACGCGAGCAGAUCAAGAAGCUGGGCGACUACAUGAACAGCCUGUCCUGCAAGCAGUGCGACCAGCUGCAGGAAACCAUCCAGAGGAUAACCGCCGAGCACAACGACGAGCUGGAGACGCUCAAGCGCAACCAGGAGAGGGACAUGAUGGACGUGAAAGGCGAACUGGACAGUCAGAGGCAGUCGUUGACAUCUCAGUACGAACAAGAGGCGGCGAGUCUGAGGGAGAAGGCCAGGAAGCUGGAGCACAGACUGAACGCGAUGGACUCCGAACACUCGGCUCACGUGAACGAGCUGAGAGCUGCUUAUCAGAGAUCGAUGAGCGCAGAGCUGGACACCGACGCGGAGACGCGAAAGAGGUAUAAGGAGGAGAUCAAGCAGCUGAGAGCUUUGUGCGAGAAAGGGUUGCUGGCGAUGGAGAACUCCCACAGACGCACCAUCUCUGAGAUGGAGGAGAAACACCGACAGGAGCUGGAGAACCUCAGGGUGGAGAAGGAACAGGCGCUCUCGGAGGAGACCCAGGCCACUCUGGCGGCCCUGGACGCCAUGAGGAAGGCCCACGAGCAUGAGGUGCAGAAGGAAAUCGCCAAGUUCAAGCAGGAGUUCCUCAAGCAGAUGCAGGCUCGCGAGGACAUCGGUGUGCUUCACAAGGAGCACGAGGAGGAAAUGGAAGAGAUCAAGCAGGAAAUUCUAUCGUUGUCCGCCAAGUAUUCCUCCAAGUGCGUGGAGACCGCGGCCAUGGAGGAGAAAGUGGGCUCCUUGACCAAGCAGCUCGCUCAAGCGCAACAGCACAUCAUGCAACUGGACGCCCGCAACAAACAGCUCAGGGCACAUUUGGUGUUGGAGACCAACGACACCUCCAUGGAUGCGAUGCAGCUGCUGAGGGCCAAUGAGAUACCCGAGCCCAGAGAGGAGAUCCACAGACUCCAACAGCUGAAGCAUGGGGACGCCUUUCGUGACACGUUCGGCGCGGCGUCGAAAACUUCGUCGCUGAACUGCUCACCGGCGUACUCGCCGCAGCGUGUCAGAAGUAGUCACGAGUACCCUCUGAUCAGACCUGGGGGCGAGGAGCAGAGAUUAACCGUCGAACGGCCGAAAAGCUCGGUGUCCACGUCGCAAAUGACCGCGGCGGACAAGCCAGCCGCGUUCUCGUACAAGGUUGAACGAAUAAAGUCGGUCUCGUUGCCUUAUUCGAGCAACUUGGUUAGGCCGGGGAGUAGUUCGGGCGUUCCAUCGCACGAUAGGAAAGAGGUGAGCUUAGGGCAAAAGAGUCAGGAGCGUAACGGUCUGGCCUCGCCACUUUGGGACAGCUUAAGACCCAGGAGCGGAUUGCCCCAUCAGUAUCAAGGUGGCACAACAGAGAUGCGAGUCGGCGGCUCUGGUACCCGGUGGCAGGACAACAAGCAAACUGAAAAGCAGCAACAAUCGGAGGCUUACGGCCUCCGUGCCGACGAUCCUCACACGUCCCGCCUCACCGCGGAACCCCCAGCUCUCUCCGUUGCAGAGCUGAUGAGGUCUCCAGCAGUGAGGUGGUCCAGCAGGAGUUGUCGCAGCUUGCCUCCCACACCCACACCGAGUUACCAUCACCCGCUCCACCCCCCACUGCCAGCGGUGGGCAUGGUCGCCGAGAGGAAGAAACGUUUCGAGCUCUGAAUUCUGCCGCCACCUUCCGGAAAACUCUACUGCUCGUAGAAAACUCGCGAUGAUUUUCGUAUGGUGCUAAAAACCGGUUGCUCGUUUGCGCGUCGAAGACCUACGAUUCCAAAGAUGGGCAAAAUUCUUGACCAGAAAUAUCUCAAAUAAUAUUCGUUCCUCGUCGAGUAAAACUUAGAAUUUGUAUUGUAUUUAGUAUUUUGCUCGUCUCUGCGCGAAUUCAGUCGUCAUCCUGUUGAAAUAGCGUCUUCGAGCGUACGCCGACAGCCACACGAGUAACCCUUUCCAACAGAUAAUCCACAAGCAUUCGUCACUGCCACAGCGAUCGAGUUUCGACGGUAGAAUGGAGCGAGACGUAUUUUCGCGUUAAUCGAUACGGUCGUACGGGAUCGAGCUCGUCGUCACGUGACAAUAUUGAGCAUGUUUAUCAAGUAAACAUGAUUCAAUAGCCGGAACGAGGCUGGGAUCCCGAUGGAUACGUUAUUCGUCACGGUGAAAAAUCGCGGAUCCGAUUGGACGUUUGUCCGUUUUCGAAGGGACUUUUUAUCACUUGGAACUUUUGCUAAGCACGUUUACAAGGCUGCCGUGUCACCAAACGGUCGUCGUUUGAUAUGCAUUUAGACUUUGAUACAUGAAUUUUUCCGUAGGUGCGAGUAGUAGUCGUUUUCGAUCGACUUUCGCGAGCGACGCGCAUUUUUUCGGGCAUUAUUUCACUGUCAGUCGUUUCUCGUACCGGUAUAGCGAUCUCAGGAGACCCAUCGGUUCUGUUAUUACUGUAAAAUCCAUUAGUUAUCGAAGGACACUAUCCCUUUUCCGACCACAACAAUCAGAAGUAACCAGAAGACGUAGCCGAGUGGUUUCGAGCAGUCAUUUGUUUUUGGUUCAGCUGUGGUAAAUAUCUUUCUGCUUAUGAUCUGAUGGAGCAAUAUAUAGGUAACACAAUUGAAAACUUAUUCACAACUAGGCUAUUUGCUAAUUAUCCUCGUAACCAGAAGGGUCGACAAACAUUUCCUGAAAACUAUCCCUGGUAGCGAGAAACGGCCAAAAAAGCUGCAGAUGCGAAGAGAGUACAGUAGAACGCCAAUCAACUGAUUUCUUCAGGGCAAAUAGUAAGAAACUGUUUAAUUGAUUAAAUCCGUCUUAAUACAUUUCUUAUUUUUAUGUCUCAAAGAAAAGCUAAAUUUUGUAGCAUCAAAUCGAUAACGGUGUAUGGUUUAUUUUUGAGUCCCGAGUACAGGAAUCUCUGGAAAUAUGGCCCGAAAAAGAUCAGAGGACAGAAUUAGGCGUUCUACGUUGCCGUACAAGUCAUAUAUACAGGUGUCGUGAUAGUUAAAACGCGUUAUAAUGCGUACGUGUAUCGGUGUGAAAACGUACAAACGAAUCUGUUCGUCGAAAUCGUUGAGUUUGUCGAAUUGCGCUGUGUUAAGUUCUGAAAUCGAUUUCGUACAAUUGCAAGAUCCGUUCGCCAUCUUGUGGCUCUACGAGGGGGCUAAUUUGAAUCGACGAUAGGCUCAAAGUUCGUCUUUUAGGGAGGCUUCUAUUUUCAUUUUUCAUUUUUCAUUUGUUGACCACCGUUGAUCGCGACUACCUUUGUUUCUCCUUCGCUCCCUUUGUUUCUUAUUUGUUUUGUAAAGUCACUCGAUGUUUUGUAAAGUCGUUUAAAGCGGGGACACGAAAGGACCAGGAACGUAACAUUUUCUGUUUCUUUCGAUUGUUUUUCUGUUUUGUCUAUUCUCCUCCCUUUUUCUUCUGUCUCGUUAAUUCGUUCGAUGAUCGAUAGAAAGUAUUUUUACGCUUGUUUCGCUCUUGUUAUGUAUAGAUUCUGCACAUAUGAAUAUUACGGCGUUGUCACGUUGCACUGUGUAUUACCGCAUUCUCUCAUCGUGUAAAUGUUUUUCUUUUUUUUUUUGUCGGAUCGCGAUCAUUUUUUUGAUGUUAAUACUGUAUAGUUUAUGACAUUUCAAUUUAAGGAGCAAAGUAUAAAUAGCCUAGAAAUUAACCCCUUCCAUAUGAAAGUGGAUUGUUUAUAUUAUAUGUUAUUAUUGUAUUUCUAUAUUAUAUGUCGUCGCGGUUCGUUCCGGUGACGGUGUCGCUCGACCUGUCGUGGGCGGCGUCGAAGUAAGCGAAAAAAAAAUGAAAAAUAAUCGAUAACAAUACGAUUCAUUAUCUCUUAUGUAGAGUAAUUACUCAGGAUUGUUUAACAUUUAUAAUAUAUUACGAUUAUACUUAUUGUAUUUGUAUUAUAAUUUAUAACAACGUUUGAAAUAAAAUAUAGUAACCAUU